AUGGCAGCUUUGCAGGCUAUCGGCCGUUACUCCGGCGUUCCUCAGGAAGAGCCACCCCUUUCUCAAAAUCCGCCGAACAAGCGCUAUUCACCCUCAGCUUUGAGGACGGUGUCACUUCUUGGAUUUGUGAUCCUCACAGCAGCCAUCAUCGGCGUACUGCAAUGGAUUGCAGCACCUGGGAAUCGCGACAACAUCGGGAACGUGCGGCGGCGAAACGACGUGCCUACUAUUACGCAUUUCCCUCGUGCGACACCAGGCGCGGCAACAGCAUCGACGGCCAGUGGACCGAGCACUGUCAUGAUUAUAUCGUCCGCCACCGAGUCACCGCACCAGGAUGACGGAACGUCCACGACCAGCGAGGGCGCCUUCAUCCCCAUAACGCCAUCCACGACUGUCGUAGUGGGGACAACCAUCUCAGACGCAUUCGUCCCAAUUGACCCAAACACAGUAGAGACCGAGUCAACCGCAACCACCGCCUUUGUCCCCAUGAAGCCGGGAACAGCUGCGGACCCAACCGAAGGAUUCUCCACCGACCCCGACGCCUUCAUCCCGCUCGGCGAUGCAACUGGCACAGCCGAUACCCCCAUCACCACGCCCACCGCCGGCACGUUCGUCAUCACAACCAGCAUCCCCGGCGGGACUUCCCCCGCCGCCUUCACUAUCACCGGCACCAUCGACCCGAGCCAGCCCCUGCUCAUCACCGCCACCGGAUCCAGCAUCCCCGGCGGCACGCUCGUCAUCACGCGCACCGGGCCUCUCGUCGCCGGCCCCACAACCCCCGCUCAAGGCUCCGGCGGCGGCAGCAGCGGCAGCAGCGGCAGCAGUACAAACACCACCUCCCCCUCUUCCACCCCUCCCUCCGACGCCUUUGCCGCGUACGGUGCCCGCUUCAACAUCUCGCACUACCUCCUCGGCGCCUACGCGCCCACGCUCUUCGCCGUCAUCUACGGCAUCCUCUGGUCGACGAUUCUCGCCGGCAUGGCCGAAAUGGCGCCCUGGUUCCAACUGACGCGACCCGGCGGCGCCACCGCCAAAGAGUCGCUGCUGCUCUCGUACCAGAACGCCAGUCUGUGGGGGCUGUUCGUCGGCAGCAUCAAGCACAAGGACGGCUUCGUGCUGGCGGGGAGCGUGGUGUCGGCGCUCGUGACGGCGACGAUCGCGCUGGCGUCGGGGGUGUUCUACAUCGGCGUCAGCGGCACGUGCAGGGAGACUGGGAGGGGCGCGGACUGCGUGCGCUAUUUGGCCGUGGACCGGCGGCUGGCGUGGGCGGAGAGCGGGAUGCUCGCGGUGGUGUUGGCGUGCGUGGUGGGGGUGUGGUUGUCUGCGCGGCGGAAGGACGGUGGGCUCUAUGCCGAGGCGAUGAGCGUUGCGGGGGUGGCGACGUUGAUGGGGAAUCCGGGGGUGGUGGCGAAGAUGAGGGAGGCGCUGGAGCGGGAGAGGCAGGGCGGUGGUUGGGGCAGCAACGACACGCGGUUCGGAGUCGGGCAGUCGUACGACAAAGCAGCUGGCUGGACGUACGGCUUCACCGUCGUCGACGACGGCCAAAAGCGCGACCCUCCGGCCAAGAUCUUCGACGACGGCGACAACAACGACGACAGCACCCCGGUCCUGCCCCUCCUCCUCCGCCCGUACAUGCUCGCCCUCUUCCUCCUCCUCCUCCUCGCCCUCCUCGCCAUCCUCCUCUACUACUGGUUCAACGGCACCUCCUCCUUCCUCGAAGACUUCCUCGACAGCCAAACCUUCGGCCCAAAACUCAUGAUGUCCAUCUUCGGCCUCAUAAUCCGCACCUGGUGGUCCGAAAUCGCCCGAGUACAGGAAAUCGGCGACGAAUUCCAGGUCCCUCAUCAACGGCACCUUGACUUGCUUGCCCUCAGCCAAGUCCGGGGCCAGCUUGGCCACAAGGUCCAAGAUGUCGGCGCCGGUAUCGCGCGACACGGAGGCCCAGACUCCGAGGGCCUUUUGGCGCGCCUCGUCGGGGUCCUGGGCGUCGGAUCCGUCUUCGGUGGUGAAGGCUUUUUGCCAGAGCUCCCGGUCCAUGCGUCUCAGCUCGGCAUUGAAGUCGUCCAGCUGAUGUUUGGUGGGCUCGUAGAAAACGCUGUCGGCGUGGUCGAGGACGGCUUUGAGGUUGGGGAUGUUGGCCGGGUCGGCGAUGAAGGCGAGGACGCGGAUGCCCUGGCCGCUGGGGUAGCCGUCCCAUUGGCCGUAUUGGGCGAUGAGGUAUUGGCCUUUGUAGUAGACCAUGAUGAGGUGACGCGUGCCCAUUACGGUCGGGUAGCGGGCGGGCUGGCCAUGUGGGUAGCUGGACAGAAGGAGGCCGAGGGUGGUGGGUGGAGACUUACUGUAAGCUAUCAGCUGAGAGUGUUUGGAGGGCCGGGAGUGUAA